AUGGGGGCUUAUCUGUCGCAACCGAACACGACCAAGACCUCUUGUGAUGGCGGCAACAGCACCAUGAGCUACGGCUUCUCUGCUAUGCAGGGCUGGCGAGUUUCCAUGGAGGAUGCUCACAAUUGUAUCCCAGAGUUUGAUGAGGAGACUGCCAUGUUUUCUGUGUAUGAUGGACAUGGAGGAGAGGAGGUGGCUCUUUACUGUUCAAAGUACCUUCCUGAUAUCAUCAAAGAACAGAAGACCUACAAAGACGGCAAACUACAGAAGGCAUUGGAAGAUGCCUUCUUGGCCAUCGACUGCAGAAUUACAACAGAGGAUGUCAUUAAGGAACUGGUGCAGAUCUCUGGGCGUCCGAUCGAGGAGCCACCCACUAAAGUGGCAGAUGAGGAUGACGUGGACACAGAAGAGGCAGCUUUACUCCACGAGGAGGCCACUAUGACCAUCGAAGAGCUGCUAGUGCGAUACGGACAGAAUAAGAACAAUAGCAAGCAAUCUGUUGCUAGCAGUACAAUCGCUAAGAAGGCAUUGGGCCAGUCUAUGGAGGUCUCUUCACACAAAGGGGAAGGUCUGGAAGAACCAAAGAAGGACGAGGCUGUAAAUGGGGAGAUGGAAGAAGAGAGUAACGGAAUGGAGAUAGAAGGUGACGGCACGUCAUGCGAGUCCAAGCUGCGGGUGUGCCGUAGAAAGAUCAGCGACGAAGGCUGCGGGCCAGCAGACUGCGGCAGCUCUGGAAACGCCAACGGAGAAGAAAAGGCUACUAAAGCUGAGGUAGACGCUGGCCCCUCAUGUUCGUCGUCAUCCAAAACUGAAGGUGAUUCCAAGUCAAGAUUCUUCGAUGACAGUGAGGAGUCGGAAGGGGAGGGAGAAGAUGAGGAGGAAGAGGGAAGUGAAGAAGAGGAUGGCAGCGAAGAGGCUGAAGCUGACAGCAGUGAGCUGGAAGAGGACACUGAAGAGGGGGAGGAAGACUCAGAUGAAGACGAGGAGGAAAUGAGUCUACCUGGAAUGGAUGGAAAGGAGGAGCCGGGCUCAGACAGCGGCACCACUGCUGUUGUGGCGCUAAUCCGGGGGAAGCAACUGAUUGUGGCCAAUGCUGGGGAUUCUCGAUGCGUAGUCUCGGAGCGAGGCAAAGCUGUCGACAUGUCGUAUGACCACAAACCCGAGGACGAGUUGGAGCUGUCGCGUAUUAAAAAGGCUGGAGGCAAAGUAACCAUGGACGGUCGGGUCAAUGGUGGACUGAACCUUUCAAGGGCCAUUGGUGAUCAUUUCUACAAGAGGAACAAGGUUCUGCCCCCAGAGGAGCAGAUGAUCUCAGCCAUGCCUGAUGUGAAAGUCCUUACGCUCAACGAUGACCACGACUUCAUGGUCAUUGCUUGCGACGGUAUCUGGAACGUGUUGAGCAGUCAAGAGGUGGUCGACUUCUUCAGUGAGAGGAUCAAACCGGACGAGAACGGCGUUGCCAGACCUCUUUCGUCUAUUGUAGAGGAGCUUUUGGACCAUUGUUUGGCCCCAGACACAUCUGGAGAUGGGACAGGAUGCGACAACAUGACCUGCAUGAUCGUCACCUUCCGACCACAUGCCUGCCAAUCUCAGACCCUGUCAGACGACACGAAGAAGAGGAAGCACGACGAGGAGGAGGAGCAGAAGGCGGCAAGUGGCGAGCCUGAGAAGAACGGAAACGACCGCAAAAAGUCCAAAAGUGACCAAAGCUAA